CUCUAUACACAUGGUGAUAGUCUGUGGACACCACACUUGUGUGGCAUAAGCAAGAUGGGAUCUCACAAGUCUAAGGAGAGACAGCGUCGGGUAUUUACCUUUUUAACCUUGAUAACGAACGUUUGAGCAUACCUAGCAGGCGGUUGGCUUUCGUAACUUGCUCGUAAAUAUGAGCGUUCCAUCUGAGAUCUGAACAAACCGUCACUCCGAGGUCUUUCUGGGAGGAAACAUGCUGCAAAGUUUUACCGUUGACAAUGUAUUCAGCAACAAGAGGAUGACGUUUUCUCGUAAUGUUCAGAACUUUGCAUUUUUGGGCGUUGAAUUUGAGCCUCCAAAACUCAGCCCAUUUAUCCACGUUUCUCGCUUCAGCUUGAAGGACACAGGUGUCAACCAGUGAUUCAACAACUGAGAUGCAUUUUGUGUCGUCGGCAAACAAGGAAACGUCAACAGCGGGUGAGGUUAUUGAUUCUGGAAGGUCGUUUAUGUAGAUGAGAAACAGGAGUGGUCCGAGUAUUGAUCCUUGCGGAACGCCGGAGGAAACUGGACGUGUCUCUGAAAUCUCACCAUUGACUAGUACACGCUGUUGUCGUCCGGAUAAAUAACUUUUAAACCACGUUAAAAUAUUGUCCUUAAGCCCAAAUCGUUGGAGUUUCUUUAAAGUGCCUAUGACACCCAAAUGUUUAUGAUUGCAUUGUAUAGAUCACUUAAAGUGACUUAAUAAUUUCUUUUGUAGAAUUUUGGUAACUUGCUUCCUUUGCAAGAUAUUCAACUUUGUUUCUUAUGCAAAUAUCACCGGUGUGACAUCACAUUGCAUAAUGACAUUUUGAAAACGUAAUAUUUUACCUUGAUAAAAUAUUUUUACAAACAAAUACAGGGGGUUAACUACCAGUUAUGAAAUUAAUACAUAUACAAGGGCAAUUUUUAAGUUUUUUAGAUACGUAUUCGUCAAGAAAACUAUACUUUUCUGAAAACUCAUUAUGUGAUGUGCUGUUACACCUGUGAUAUUUGCAUAUGAAACAAAGUUGAAUAUCUUGAAAAGGGAGCAAGUUAACAAAAAUCUAUAAAAGAAAUUAUUAAGUCAUUUUAAGUGAUCUUUACAAUUUAACCAUAAACCUUUGGGGUGAAAUUUCAUGUCAUAGGCACUCUAAAAGAGGGUUAUGAUUCACCGUGUCAAACGCUUUAGCAACAUCGAAAUACAAGAUAUCUGUUUGUUUCCCUGAAUCCAGGUUUUGACAGAUGCGGUGAAGAACGGAAAUGAGCUGACCUGUGCAAGACUUUCCUCUCAGAAAACCAUGCUGUGCCACGGAUAUCAUGUUCUCUAUUUGACCAAUCAGACGGUUGUAAACACAACGUUCUAAAACUUUCGCAACAACGCACAUGAGGGAAAUUGAUCUGUAAUUCUCAACAAAACUCUUGAUUCCUUUUUUAUGAAGAGGGAUGGUGUUGGACGGUUUCCAUUCUGAUGGUAAGGAGGCCUGCUUUAAGGAUUUGUUGAAGAGACAUGUUAAUGAUGGUGUGAUGGAGUGCGCACAUUCUUUUAGUAAGCGGAUUGGUAUAUUAUCUGGACCAGAUGCUUUACUAGGAUCGAGGUAAUAAAGAACGUCAUAUACUUCACUUGGGUCUAAAAUAAUGCAGAAAUAGUCUCUUCACAUACAUGUGUAAUGGGGAUUGAAAUAUCAACACCUUCUGUUAGAAAUACUGAGUGGAAGUAGUCAUUGAACAUUUCUGCAGCUUUUUUUGACUAGUGGAAUCUAAGCGUGGGGAGUCUGCGUUGCCUGUCGCGACGGAAACUCGCUGUGGAAUACGGCUGGAUUUAGUGGUUGUUUUAAACAUGACCAGAACAGUUUUGGAUUGGAUGGUAGAGCUUCGCUUAGGGAACCAAAGAACUUUUCCCGACUUUCUUUGAUUAAUCUCUUAGAUGUACGGCGGAGAUUCUUGUAUUUUUGUACAAGUGCAGCAGAAUUUGUUCCGCGACGGAUUUUUCGCCGGAGGGAUUCUUUCUUUUUGAUCAAAGAUUUUAUCUCACCAUUCAACCAUGGUGGAUUGUAUCUUCCUUUUACAAUCUUUGUUGGAAUAUAUUCGUGAGCUACAGCAAGGAAAGUGUCUCUCCAUAAAUUCCAGUUCUCGUUAAUGUCCGACAUAGAUGUGGGAUCGCUAAAUUCAAAUUCAAUCGAUUCAAAAGUACGGUUAAUUUUCAAAAUCCGCACGGUUGUAAUCGUAAACCGAUUUUUUGAGCUUGUGGGAAGGUGUUGCUGUACCUUGAAACUCAAAGAGUAGGCACUUCUGGUCCGAAAACAAAUUGAAAUUGGUUGGAUCAAUACUUUAAUGUUGUUAACGUUGUCUGGAAUAUUUGUCAUUAUAAGAUCAAGAACGUUAGUGUCUCUUGUUGGAGCGACCGUCAAUUGACUUAAGUAAUGGUCGGAUAAGGUGUUGUAGAAAAAUCUCUCGGAUUCACCGGUUGGGAUAACCAUGCUUUCAGACCACGAGAUUCGCGGGAAGUUGAAAUCACCAGUCAUUACAAUUUUCUCGUAGGUGUCCAUGAUGUAAUCUAAGAACUUUUUAAAGGAGAGAAGUCAUUUUGACGAGGAGUCAGGAGCUCUGUAGCAGCAGACAACAAGGAUUCGUUCAUUGUUAGUGACGCAUUCAAUGCAGACGAUUUCUAGUUCUGUAUCUAACUGAUUAAAGCGUACUUGCUUGGUUUCUGUAAAAGAAGACUCUUUUGUAGCUAUUAGUACGCCACCGCCGGUUUUACAUUUACGGUCGACACGGAAAACGUUAUAAUCUUGACGAAAAAAUUUCUGCAUCAAAGUGUUUAAUGGACAGCCAUGUUUCAGUGAGGAAAACGAUGUGUAUUUGCUCGGAGUAUACAAAAUCUUGAAGACUUGAAUUAUUUGAUAUCAUAUCUCGAUCAGAUGUUCUAUGUAAACUAAACAAACUUCACGUAUUUCAGCUCAAACAGCGAAAUGACUUACGUUCAGUCGCGAUGGUGUUGCUUCGAUUAUUUACGACGGAUGAACAGUGUUCGAGAUACUCAGAUGAAAUAGGACCGGGAUUUAAUUUCGCAUCGUUAGCUAAAAGGAUUAACAGCAAAGGCAAAGACGAUCUCUGUAACAAUAACAGUCCGUGCACAAAACGAUAAACCGAGAGCAAAGUUAUACAUGUCUCUUAACACGACGAAGUCGAUAAGAACACGUUGGUCCAAGCGUUUUCGUUGAGGCAUAGAACAAAUUAAUCUUGGUUUCUUUCAUAUUUUUUUAUUCCGCGUACAACCAACCACAGGAAAACAAUAACGUAGACGAAUUUUGGGAAAAUCGUUUCUAAUAGGAUUAGGAAUUGUAUUAAUUUUGUUCUUGUUAAUUGGCGCGCGCGCACUUAAUUAAGCGCGAUUAUUAUUCUUAUUAUUAUUGAUUACUGCGAUGUUGUUUGACACAGCCUUCCUGCUGCUGGUGCAUGCCAACAUUCUACAAAAGUUGAAACAUCGUGCCUCUAGAGUUAUUACUCGUCAAGGUUACAAUAUCAGAUUCAAUGAAACAAGGAAAACAUUGAAUUAAUUGAAAAACCCUUGCUGAAAUUCGAGACAUACUCAAUGAUGUAUAAGAUAUUAAAUAAUGUGGCACAAAAUAUUUGAGAGGCCAUUUUGAAAUGUCUGCCAUAGGUAAUUUCUAUAGAUUAAGAAAUAAAAAACUAAGGCCUUGUACUAGCAAAGCCUCAAACGGAAUAUUUAAAGAAAAGCUCUCUCUCUCUCUCUCUCUCUCUCGUUCCUAAUUUUUGCCAUUCUCACUUUUUUUUUGUAGAUGUCGGUAAUUGCAAUCCUCGUGUUUGGUGCGGUCGUUACUCAGAGCAGUGCAAGUAAGCGGAAUUAUGGUAUAUUUAUCAGCUAUAGACAUGCAACGAUAGGGAUUCCUUAUUUUCUGUUUGUAUAUAGAUGUUUGUAUUAACCCUUUAGUUAUCUAGUUUUGUCCCAGUGCAAUAAACUAUAAACAAACCGUUAACAACCUAACCCAUCUCGGCAAGUCCUUUCGAAAAACACUUACGUCGCCAUAGCAAAUAAACAGAACUGCAAGCAUAGUUAAAACCACUACAGUACGCUAGUAUUCUCCACCAAAAUACAUAUUUUAGGACAAACCGAACUGAAGUUAUAAUAACAAGUGUUUAAAAUGAAGGAAACUUCGGACGAUAGAAGAAUAAAACCACUUAGGCGAAAAUUAAUACGACGCGACUUUUAAUUAAUACAAUUAAGGUAAUCAUUUCUAUAUUUAGAGGGCCAAACGUAUUGUAUGUGUGCUUCUGUCACGGAGCUUCUGUGGUUUUAAUGUCUUAGUGUGACCAUCUAUUCUGUGGUGUAUAUGUAUAGCACCUUAUACAGUCGCUGUAUAAUGUAUUAAUAUACCGCCUUUAUAAUAUCGGCACUUUUAAAAAACUUGCAUAACAUCAAUUUCCGUAAAGCAUAACAUCAAUUUAUAUAUUGGGUAGAUUAUCAAACAUUUUCUCAACAUUUACGUCUGAAAUGUUUAUACAUUUGAAAGCAACACUGUCUCGCUCCUUCCUAACUCUGUAUAAUGAAUAUACCGUCGAAAUAAUACUUGCACUUAAUUGAUGCCGGUAAUGCAUAACAUCAAUUUAUAUAUUGCGUAGGUUCACGAAGAUUUAAUCAAUAUUCACGUCUGAAAUGUUUUUACAUUAGAAAAUAACACUGUCGCUCCUUCCUAGCAUCGUCACGCCAUCGUGAUCUACGGCUUGGUAGAGCAUGCGCAUUUGCGUUGCUAAAGAAAAAAUUGGGUGUUCCGGGGUAAAGAUCCUGAACAGAAAGUGAGAAGUGAAUGUCAUAAAAUUUACAAAAAUUUACAAUAACGACAACGAUUUCUCGAAAUUUUUGUGAACUUGGUAAAAAGAACAAUAUACCGUGCUUAAAAAAAGUAUUAUAAAAAAGAUUGCAAAAUGUAGAAUCAAAAAGAUUGAUCGACCUUCUAAUCUGAGUAAACUUAUCGCUCUGUUCCUCAGAAUCAAAAUGUAUGUCCCACUUCAAACAAGGAUUCUAUUUUAUAUCAAGGUUAAAAGCUAAGGGAGAGGUUUUUAUUAAACUGUGAAGAACGAGGGCCGAAGGUCCGAGGUCUUUACAGUUUAAUAAAGCCGAUACUCGUGACUUUUAACUUGUUUAUAUACUCAUCAGACCAUAUUCUUUUGUAUUUCGAAGGUUUUCUUCAUUAAAUAUUGAAGCUAUCAAUUCAAUGAGAGGUUACGGUUGUGGGACGAAAUAAGGUGUCACGUUUUAAAAUGUGGCUAAGCAUGCGCAGUAUAUCAUUUAACGUCCCACAAGCGAAAGGGUAGAUAUUACUGUAUAAAUUCCCUGCACAAGCAAGUUUGAUGAUUGAUCGCAACCACGUUCCCAGGGCUUUCGUUUGAGGACGAGGCGAGAGACGAGAAAGCCCUGGUCUGGGCCGGUCAAUUUUGCAUUCUGAUUGGCUAACACUAUAUUGUCUAAAAAUAACUGAACUUGACAGUUGACAAUAACAAUUCAACAUUUGUAUUUUUAUGAUUCUUGUGUGUACGAGUAUGUUACGUUUUGCGAAAUAAUCUUUCAAAGUAAGACGUUUUCCCGACUGCAUAAUUUACUUUCGCCUCGGCCGGUUACAAAACUCAAAAGCCGUGUCGACGUGCGUGAGCUGUGAUGUUUUCUGACAAAACAAGAAACGUCUACUAUUAUUUAAGCUGUAGUUUUCCUUGUACAGUAUUUAUAAUGCAGUGCAGAUGUCUGAUGAAAUACUACGCGUAUUGCGUUGCAGUAAUAUUUUAAUUUACAGUAUUCUGUACUGACAAAUAAAAGCAAGACAAACAAUUAAAUGAAACUACUAACUUAAUUUAGGCCCUGUUUACUUAAUAGCUCUACGCCUAGGCCGAUGUAGUCUCUACAAGAUUCGUCACGCCACCGAGUUUUACAGUUUCAGAACUACCCCGAAUACUUGAAAAUUGCGACUAUACAUAAAAUAAAACAAAAUUUGUGAAGGCGAUAAAAUUGGUAGGCAAGCAUCGCUCCUGAACGGCAAGUGUUGGUGUCCGGCGAAACAAGCGAAUCCGUAUAUUCCUGUACAGCGUAAACAGGUUACGCGAGGUUUUAUAUUUGUGUUUAUUUAUAUCGAACUAAGUCAGAUCUAUAAGAGCAUAUUUAAACUAAAUAUUAAUAGCAAUAGCCAUAUUGUUCAAGACGAGAGAAAGCAAAUUUCGUGUGAAUCACCACUUGCAUGGAGACGCCUAGAUGCUAGCCUAGAUGCAGCUUGGAUGCAGCUUUGCCUGUGGUUGAAAAUCUCCAAAAAUAUCGGUAUAUCUUAGAAAACAUAGACGGGGUCUUCAGAGAUUUCAGCUGAUUCGUGCCAAACUUCGCUCUACACAUAAAUAAUAUCGAUUGAGAAGUCUUUUGACUGUUUAUUUGUUUCGAAAACUUGUAUAUUUCAUUAAAGAUAUCUUUCCACUCCUUGACGAGUAGCUGUCAAAUACUGCCAUUUUUUGGUUAAUCACGUGACUGGCCCAGACCAGGGCUUUCUCGUCUCUCGCCUUGUCCUCAAACGAAAGCCCUGGGAACGAGAUUGGGUUGAUCCAGCUAGUCCUCGUGCGCAGAAUGAUAAAUACUCUUACCUAAAACCUUGUACCCAGGGCCUGCCCGCCCGAUUUUUUAAUAUGGCCGCCAAAGCGGGCGAGGCCCUGGUAAACACUUGUCACGUGUCGGGCAAAUACUCCAAGAUUCUUCGAGCGGGCUUUAUGGAAAUAAAAACAGGGAGGCGAUGAAAAGUUCACGAAUAGAACUUGAAUCGCCGCGAAUUAUUUAUAUUCUUUUAUUUUUUGUUGUAAUCUUUCUUUUUAAUAUGUUACGUUUAUAUAUUACGUCGAAUGUACAUCAAUCUUCUUUUAUAUCGCAUCAUGUAAAUCGCCGAGGAGGCGAUGUUUCGAAUUUCGAAGGAAAAUGGAGCCAACCUCGUACAUACUAUUUGUGAUGAUUUCCAUCAAGUAAAAGGUACAAUAUGAAUUUGAAAAUGUUUAGAAGUAUUUUAUUGUUACAAAUUAUUUAGCAGAUUCCCAUUAUUUGUUACACUGACUAGCUCUAUGAAAUAUAUAUUUCGAAGGCUAUUUAGUAUAUUUAUACAGUAUGUUAAUAUAGUUAGCUGAGUUUGUAGUUUAAAUAUUGAGAAACACAUGGCCAGACUAUGGCCUAUAUAAUACUAUACUGAGUCUCUCAGUAAAGUUCUACUCUCACAUGAUUAUUAUUUACAAUAUUGAUUUAUCGCUGCGAGAAAUGUGUUUACACUUACAGUGUUAUUAAACUACAGUUAUUAACUUCAAAUAAUUUGUUUUUACAUUUACAUUUAAUGACCAGAAAUUAUUUAAAUGAGCCAUCACUAUAAUAACAGAGUGGCCAGGUUGACAGAGCUAAAAUCUAAUGAUCGAACCUAACUUGCUAGAAUAUUUCAAUAGUCAAACAUCAGUUUCAGCAUUUAUUCAGCAUAAUUUAAUGUUAGUGAAUUAUUGAGUAAUUUUAAUAUCCAUGACAACUCCAGCUUGUCAGGGAUUUUUUUAGGGAAAAGAUUUAGCACCCCAUCGUAAAACCUGCCCCCGAAUCUCAAAAUUUCAUUAUUUUGUUCCCUUGCCCCUACAUUUAUACCUUUUGUGCUCUUGAGAUCUUUUACAAAAUUGCCUAAUUCUGCAGUGUGGCUUGUAACUUUGUUGCCAUAAUUAUUUGCUGAAGGCUUCAAUAAAUUUCUACUCUAACACCUGGCAGAGAUGGGGCCAUAUGUAUGAACAAGAAGAAAUAAUUUCUUCAUCUAUUGACCCCUUAUCUUUCACCAAAUUUUUAAAUUAAAUUUACUGAAUGAUUUUGAAGUUGUCUAGAUUAUUGAAAAGAACUUUAUGGGUACAAGAAAUGGGGCAAAACAGUUGAAUUAAGCAAGAUGUAAGUAACAAUGAACAAGACUGUUUCACUGGAUGGUAUUUCAGCACACUGGUGGACAUGCAACCUAAUACCAGCAACCUGUGUCACAUUUAUAUAGUUUUACACUGUACUGGAAAAAUAAUGUCAAGGAAUUUGUAGAGAUUCAGAAUGCACACUCCUUGGUUUAUUCAAUCACCAGCAUGCAUGAAUCAUUUUAUGUUAUGAAUAUUUUUUUAAAAUUAUUCUCACUUUAUAGAUAAUUAUAUCAAUUUUUAAUAUCAUAAAUGAAUAUAUAUAGUAGCUUUCGAUUAUACAAGUUAUAAUAAUAUAUCAGCAAAUAAUGACUGGUCUCUCUGAAAUCCAUCUUAUAGAAAGGUUCAAAUUUGACUUCCACUACCACUACUUGAUCUAGCAGUUGCAUGAGGAUUGUUUGAUUGGAUAAAUGAAACUUAUCUGGUUAGUUAAUGAUAGCAACAGCAGUAGUGGAAGUCAAAUCUGAUCUCUCUAUUAUUUUUUGAAGAUUUGCUCUAGUCACUUCAAUUCAGGGUUGCCCAUGCAACUUGGUUAGCACAGCCAGCUCUUCAAGUUGUAGGUCCAAUUCUUAGGAGUCUGCAAAUUAAUUCUAGAAAACUGGCUUUGGUUUGGGCUAAGCAAAAAUCAUCACACUAUUUAUCAUGCUGAUUUGGUUGUUUAACAGUUAAAGUCCAGGCUGCAUGUUUUUGUCCUGCAUAUGGCAGAUGAGACAGUCUGGUUUCCAAGUGUUUGUGUGGGGAAUAAUAUUAAUCCUGGCUUCUGAGUAAAGGUCUUGCCUGCUUUAUGCAAGAGCAGGGUUUAUGCGAGAUUCCAAUUGCUACACAGCAUGAUCUCAGGGCUCUUUCUCUGAAACAAUGCUUGGUUGCGAUAUCAUCCAGCAAGUGCAAAAAUGCACUACCACGGUCAAGGAUCAUUUGGCAUGUUCAUCGACUAUGUUAACCCAUUGAGUGGCGGCAUGCACUCUCCACCUGACGAGUAAAUUGCCCGGCGUUAGACAGAGUAAACUAACAAAGUAGGGUGCAUUGCCACUUAAAAGGUUAAAAACGGAAAUACCACAGCACAAAACUUGUACAUACACAUAUACAACAGCAAUCCUUUUAUACAUUUAAUAGUCAUGUUUACAUAUUGGUGAAAUAUCAAUGUCCAUAUAUUAGGGAUGUCCAUGAACUUGUCCCUAGUUUGAAGCUCAAGUAUUCAUAUCUUUUGUAUAAGUUGUGCCCCUACAAACCAACUUUAAUUUAGUCAUUAUACAAGAGUUAAAUUUGCAUUCAUUGGCUUCGCAAGUCGCAACAAACUGAACAAAGUACUAAACCAUAAACCUGCAUGCGCAAUGAUCGAGCGUCUUGAGCGACAUAUCCAAGUCUUUUAAACGUCUCAUACGAACAAAUCUCACUGAGUUUUUUCUACAGAAAGUAUUGAUCCAUUUGAUCGGUCGCCGCACUUUGAGAAAAGCUUGAAAUGCAAAAUUCACAGGGAAGAUUGAAGAAUUUCGGAGAUAAAAACUGUUUGUCUUCGUCACCUCUAGCAUUCACCCCCCGGUUGAGAAAAGUAACAAUUACGUAAUGUCGGAGUCACGUUACUAGCGUUUACCAGGACUAUGUCGCCGCCUUCAAUUUGCGGCUAGCCCUGGAUACGAGGUUGUCUUACCUAAUGGUAGAGUUUUGACGGGCUUUGAGGUAUACGGCUGUUGUCUCUUUCUCUACUUAGAGAC